AUCUGCUUCUCCGACGAGGUGGUUUCUCAAUAAUGAUUAAUGAUUGAGAGGUAAUCAUUGAAUUUGAUAAUAUGGGUUGCUUUCAUUGUUUUGUACCUAUCAACAAAGAAACAUCUCAUGUUUACUCCAGAAAGGUUACCUCAGAGAGAUCAAAAUUGCUGAGUUCCUCGAGUCCUAAGGCAGAAUUGGAGAGUGUCUCGGGUCCUAAGACGCGUGAUGAGGCAGAAGCCAAUCCGCGUGCACAUACAUUCACAUUACAAGAGCUUAAAGCCGCAACCAAUAACUUUGCGCCGGAAUGUUUUAUAGGUGAAGGGGGCUUUGGGCCUGUAUACAAAGGUUACCUUGAGAGCGCUAAAAACGUAGUUGCUGUGAAACAGCUAAACCUAAAAGGUGGUCAAGGAGAUCGAGAAUUUUUGGUGGAAGUUCUAAUGCUAAACCUCUUAAAGCACAAACAUCUUGUGAACUUGGUUGGUUAUUGUGCUGAUGGCAAUCAACGACUACUUGUUUAUGAGUAUAUGCCAUUGGGGUCUUUGGACGAGCAUAUACAUGAUCUACCUCCUGAUAGGAAGGCAUUAGAUUGGAACACAAGGAUGAAUAUAGCAUUGGGAAUAGCAAAGGGGUUGGAAUAUAUGCAUAAGGCAAAUCCCCCUGUGAUAUAUAGAGACUUAAAGUCAUCCAACGUCCUUCUCGGUGAAAAUUAUGAUGCCAAGUUAUCAGAUUUUGGGUUCGCAAAACUUGGACCAAUUGGUGAUAUGACUCAUGUAUCCACACAAGUAGUGGGAACAUAUGGUUAUUGUGCCCCUGAAUAUCUUAUGACCGGACAACUAACUAUUAAAUCUGAUGUGUAUAGCUAUGGAGUGGUCAUGCUCGAACUUAUUUCAGGACGCAGGGCUCUUGAUAAUACACGACCGCAAGGAGAGCGUAGUCUUGUUGAAUGGGUCAAAAGUGUUCUUAAAAACCGUAAGAACUUUAUCAAAUUGGUUGACCCUCUACUUCAAGGUCGUUGUCCAAUGGGAGGACUUAAACAAGCAGUUGCUAUUGCGGCAAUGUGUGUGCAAACACAAGCUUCUGCAAGGCCUCUCAUUGGUGAAAUUGUGGAUGCACUUACAUACAUGACCAGAACUGACUCAUCACCCAAAUUGAAAAGAUCUAUGAUGAUUGAGUGUUAAGAGUGAUAUUUCAACAUGGGAAAUGAGCAUCUUAGACCCAAACUCUAAAUAUAUUACUUCAUUCAGCUAAUUAAAGAAAAUUCAUGACAACAGGAAAUUUCAAUGGAAUCGUCACGUAGAGUUUGUUGUGACAUCAUAAAU